CAUUAUACGAUGAUACUUUGGAAAAUGAUAUAAUAAACGAGUCAGCAUCAAAACCAGAUAUGCUAAAAUUUGAUAAUUUAAUGAGACGUGAAUCUACUCCCACGCUAGAUCCUUUUUCUCUACAGGAAGCAUCUGUUAUACGUGAACAAACCGUACCUCUCAAAGAAUAUGAGGAAUUAAGAUUAAAACUUAAGAUAUUAGAAAAUAAACGCCAAGAAGAUAGGGAAAAGAUCAGAGAAACGGAAAAGAUGAAAGUUGAAGCGGAACAAUUCUUAAGUGCAAAACCAAAACUUCAAUCCAAGAUGGCUGAAAUGCAGCAAGAAUUAAGGGAACUUCGAAAACAAUUGAAAGAUGCCAAUGCCGAGAAAGAAGCGUAUGAGGGCAAAUAUAAUGAAGCUGUCGAAUCGAUGGAAAUGAUGACCCUUGACAAAGAAAUGGCAGAAGAAAAAGCCGAAAAUUUGCAACACGAAGUAAAUUUAUUGAAAGAAAAAGUGGAAGAAAUCAGUGUAGACUUAACUGUAUUCAAACAAGAAGGCGGUAAGACUACUGAUGCUAGUGGUGAGACAAGACCUGCCGUAGAAAUUAUUCAAUUAGAAAAGCAGAAUGAUCGUUUAAAGGAGGCUCUUGUGAAACUUCGUGAUGUGACGAGUGAACAAGAAGCAGAACUUAAUAAAAAAAUCAAGAGUUUAGAAAAAGAAUUGGUUUCUCUUCAGGAUAUCCAAGUUCAACAUGAUCAAAUGAAAAAUCAAUUAAAAGAAGCCGAAAAUGCUAUAGAAGAUUUAAAGAUUCGACUUGAUGAUGCUAUGAAUGCCGAUUAUAUGCUUGAACAACUUACUGACAAGAAUUUGGCACAAGGAGAGAGACUUGAAGAAAUGAGAGUUACGAUUGAAGAUCUUGAAGCUCUUAAAGAAUUAAAUGACGAGCUCGAAGAAAGUCACAUCGAAAACGAAAAACAACUUCAAGCUGAAAUUGAUCAUAAAGAUACACUUAUUCGAGAAUAUUUGAAACGCAUUGAGAUGUCUGACGAAACCAAUGCCGAUUAUGAAAAUACUAUAAAUCAAUUUCGUGAAUUAGUGGCUAAUUUACAAAGUGAUCUUGAACAAUUCCGUCAAAAAGAAGAAAGCCAAUAUUCAGAAUCAAAGAAUCUUAGUAGCCAAUCGCAGACUAUGCUUGACCUGAACUUCAAGUUACAAUCUACUGUUCUAAAAGCUCAAGCAAAACAAAUAGAUUUGGAACUUCGUAAAUUAGAUGUUACUCAAGCAUCGGAGAAUUUAGCCUUUGUACAGCCAUACUUGCCAGAUUCUUUCUUCCGUUCUGAAAAUGAUUCUAUUCGUUGCUUGCUUUUAUUAAAACGUUUAGUUUUCAAGUCCGAAUUAAUUAUUAAACAAGUUGACCAAAUUCAUAAUAUUCCAGAAAAGCUAAAUACAGUAGUUCCUGAAGAAUUAAUGGCCGUUUGUGAAUUCCGCCAAAAACUCGCAUGGUUUUCCGAUAUAGCUAGACGUCUUGUUUCAUUCGUUAAUACUUGCCCUGUUGAAACUUUCCUUAAAAUGGGUCAAGUUUAUCAUGAUUUAGUUGGAACUGAGCGUCGACUCCAUGGGAUAGUAGAUCAUUUGAGAAAAGAAGAGCUUAAGGAGGCUGAAUGUAUUACAGAUGUUCAAAGAUCCAUCGCUCAACUUGAACAUCUUGCUGAGAUAUACCUUUCAAACACCAAAAUCGAUGAAGCAGAUAAAUUAUUUGCUUACAGUAGAGGAUUAGACCUAAAUGCAGAUACUAUGGCGGUUUCUCUUGGUCAUCUCAAACAAGCUGUUGCACUUGCUUGUAAAGAUGAAGAAAUCAACGUAACAGAAGGAAUUGAUAAAUUUACUUCUGAUUUCUUCUUACCACUUCAAAGUUUGGUUUCUCAAUCUAGAAGCAGUAAAGUUAUGGCAAGGAAAUUAAUUCGUCGAUUGGAUGAUAUGGCGGAUCAAAAUGCGGGGUUAAAAUCAGACCUUCUUGCUCAAUUCAAGAUGUGUUUCUCACUUAGCACAAAAUUAACUUCAUUCAGUCAAGAGGUCUGGAAGGGUAUAUCCGCUUAUAUUAAUGAGAAGAAAGAUACAAAAGAAGAGCUAUUACUUAGUGGCUUACAACAAAUUAUUUAUCGAGUUACCGAAAACAUAUUAGGAAUCAAUGAAGUGAAUAUGUGGGACGGAUGCACUAAGUCAUUACUUACAUUAUGUUCAGAGAUUAGCAACUUAAAUAAUGCAUCAAAUGAUCCUGAAAAUACCACCUAUGUUAAAAAGGGAGAAGCACCUUGGAAUAUUAGAGCGAAGGAAAUAAAGGCUGAGUUGCUUGUAAAUGCUGAUAUGGAACGUAAAGCUCAACUGCAGCAAGAAGAAAUUCGUGAUUUGAUCAGAGAAAAGAAGGCAAAGGAUCAACUUUUGCAAGAAUCUAGUGUUAAAAUAGAGUUAUUAGAGAAACGUAUGGAAACUGUUAAGAAACAGGCUGAUAAAAUCAACGCUCUGGAGCAAGAACUUGAAAACUCAAGGAAACAGGAAACAGACUUUGAAGAAGCUAUGGAAAGUCUUCAGCUAGAACUUGAAAGUUUAGAACGACAGAACCGACAAUUUGUCACACUUGCAGGAAAUAUUGAAGACGGAGCUAUUCCUUCUUGUAAUACUGAAUUAAAGGAUGAAGAUAUUGAAGACGAUUUAGGAAGGUACGCGGAUACUAAUCCGCUAGAAAAUCAGAGAUUAGUUAGCCAGAUCGAAUCUUUGAAAUUUGCUAUUCGUUAUCUUAGAGCCGAGAAUUCUCAUUUGAAAGGUAAAGAUGCGUUAAAUGCAUUAGAUUGGCAUUUGCAACCAAAGAGACGCAAGGCUUUUAAGAAUCAAGAUGAAGAAGAAUUGAUGAAAUCUGUAGCGUUAGAGGCCAAAUCACUACUAAAGGAUUUCCGAAACGUUAGUGCUUCACCUCGAAUUAUUGACAUUACCAGAACAUUAGAAAAUCAAAAACAAUGGAGACCUUUAAAGAUGACUCCGGAAUAUCAAUAUCAAGCACAGCAAUCAGUCAUGUAUACUUUUCAACAACGAAGCAACGAGUUAAAAUCGAAGCUUCAAAAGCUUGGAAAAAACAAUUUACAAAAGCCUUCAAAGAAUGGUGGUGUUGGAAUAAAACCUUCAAUUAUUGGACGAAUUCGUUUACCCGUUUUAGACAAUGCUAAAGAUUUGGAUAAUUCUUUUUCGAACCAUCAUAAUAUUAAACUUAAGAAUCCAUUGGAUUUUGAAAAAAUUCAUACUAUAUUUGUUAAUUAA